ACAUUCAGAGUCACAUGCUGUACCCUUUUUAAAUAUUUUCAAAAACUACAUACAGGAGCAUUGUCAAAAGUAAAGAAAACAAGAGUAACAGAAACCCACAUUAUCUGAUUGAUUAUACAUCACCUGACAUUCCACAGAUAUUUGCAGAGUUAAUUUAUUGUUGUUGUUAUUUAUAACAAUUUUUGAAGCUGAAAACGUCUUUUGGUUUCAUUUAUUUCUUUUCCCCAUCCUCUCCAUGGGUUUGUUACGGCCUCCAGUCAAAGAUGAACAAUAUGUGAUGUGCUAAUUGUUGUUGGACUACAAGACAGCGCAAUGGAAAAGCGAAAAUGGUUAUGGAAGAGGAAGUCUUCUGAGAGAAGUCCUGGCGAAACGGAGAGUUCAGGGUCGAUUUCUUCACAUUCGGAGAGAUUCUCCGAUGACCAGCAGGAAGCUUUGAAGGCAUCUCCUAAUCACAGUUCUCAAUCUCCUGAAGUCACAUCAAAAGCUGUAUCUGUUGGAGAAGAUAUUAAUGAUAGUGUUAGGACUCUAACAGAAAAGUUAUCUGCUGCUCUGGUGAAUGUUAGUGCCAAAGAGGAGUUGGUGAAGCAGCAUGCCAAAGUUGCAGAAGAAGCUAUUGCAGGCUGGGAAAAGGCUGAAAAUGAAGUGGUUGUCUUAAAGCAGAAACUUGAGGCUGCAGUACAGCAGAACUCAACACUGGAAGCUAGGGUGAGCCAUCUUGAUGGGGCCCUCAAGGAAUGUGUUAGGCAACUAAGACAAGGAAGAGAAGAGCAGGAGCAAAAGAUCCAAGAAGCUGUUGAGAAGAAAACCCGUGAGUGGGAGGCCAUGAAACUUGAACUGGAGAGCCAGCUUCUUGAGCUCCAGAGCAAAGCAGAAUCUGUUAAAUCUGAACCUCCUGUCCAGAAUGAUCCUGAUCUUUCCCACAUGCUUGAACUUUUGAAAAAAGAGAACUCAGCCCUCAAAAAUGAGCUCCUUUCUCAAACUGAGGAGUUAGAAAUCAGAGCAAUUGAAAGAGACUUGAGUGCCCAAGUUGCUGAAACCGCCAGCAAGCAACAUUUAGAGAGCAUAAAGAAGGUUGCCAAGCUUGAGGCUGAGUGCAGGAAGUUAAAAGCAAUGGCUUGUAGAUCUUCAUCAACUAAUGACCUUAAAUCUGGUGCUGCCUCCUCAAUUUGUGUUGAAUCGCUUGUGGAUAGUCAAUCAGAAUUUGGGGAACGGCUAAACUUGGUGGAGUUUGAUACCCACAAAAUAAGUGGCUCUGAAGUGAAUAAGUCUGAGCUAAGUUGUUCUGACUCAUGGGCAUCAGCCCUAAUUGUGGAGCUUGAUCAGUUUAAAACUUGUAAUAGAAAUCUCCCUGCCUGUUCAAUGGAAAUUGAUCUAAUGGAUGAUUUUCUUGAGAUGGAGCGACUUGCUGCAAUGCAUAAUAAUGGAAGUGGAAAUAAUUUAGAAUCAGAAGCUGUUACCAAGCAAUCUAUUGAUGCAGAAAGUUUGUUAAGAGCUGAACUUGAAGCAAUGAUUCACCGAACUGCUGAACUGGAAGAAAAAGUAGAAAAGAUGAUGGCUGAGAAAGGUGCAUUAGAAGAAAUAAUUGAAAAGAUGGAAGCAGAGAAAGGUAUACUGGAAGAAAAAAUUGAAUAUAAGGAAGCAGAGAAAGGUGAACUGCUAGAAAAAAUGGAAAAGUUGGAAGCAGAAAAAGGUGAACUGGAAGGAGAAAUGGAAAAGAUGGAAGCAGAGAAAGCUGUACAGGAAGAAGCGAUGGAAAAGAUGGAAGCAGAGAAAGGCGUACUGGAAGAAGAAAUGGAAAAGGUGGAAGCAGAGAAAGGCAUACUGGAAGAAGAAAUGGAAAAGAUGGAAGCAGAGAAAGGUGAAAUGGAAUUAAAACUGGAAAAGAUGGAAGCAGAGAAAGGUGAAAUGGAAUUAAAACUGGAAAAGAUGGAAUCAGAGAAAGGUGAAUUGGAAGAGCAUAUUAAAAAAAUGAAAGUAGAGAAAGCUGAACUGGAAUUGUCUCUAACAAAAAGUGAAGAUUGUGUUGAGGCAUCAGAGCUUCUGUUGCGGGAGAAUAAAAUGAAGUUGGAGGAGCUUGAAAGGCAGAUAAAUUUGACAAAUGAAUCGAAGCAGGCCAUUGAGUCUAAAUUUGUCAAUACCGAAGUGGAGGUUCAAACAUUGUCAGCAAAGAUUGACUCAUUAGAAGACGAGGUUGAAAAGGAGAGGGCUUUGUCUGCACAGAUUACAGUAAAGUGUCAGAAAUUGGAAGAAGAGCUGUGGAGAACGAAACAGGAAGUUGAGCUCCAACAAAUUGCAAAGUCGAACACUGAAGUAAAGAUAAAACAGGAGGACCUAGAUGUGGCUUCUGGGAAACUCGCUGAGUGCCAGAAAACAAUAGCAUCUCUAGGGAAGCAGCUAAAGUCUCUGGCAACAUUGGAAGACUUCCUGAUUGAUACUGCAAGCAUACCCAAAUUCCCUAGGGAAGGAUUAUCGGUUCCUAAAGCUGGUGGAGAACCAUGGAAGUUACAUUCAAAUGAAACAUUUUCACCCAAAAGAGAACUUACUGCCUCAAGUAUAGCUGCCAAGAUUACUGUUCCUUCAUUAAACAAUAGUGAUGGUAAAACACCACCCUCUAUAUUGUCAUCUACUUCAUCUGCUGUGUCAUCAAAUCAUGUCAAUCAUGAUAAGAACCGGAAUGGGUUUGCCAAGUUCUUCUCUCGGACUAAGAAUGGAAUACAACUAGAACUCUAGCCAUGAUAAAAGUGAAAAGGAUUUAUCAACUGUAAACCAGGGAAUUUGUGUCAUUUAGAUAUGCUGAUUAAAUACUUUUUAGUCAGCUGAUAUUGUUCUUAUUUUAUUUUCUUCAUUUAUGCAUGAAAAGUGGUCCAUAAAUCAAAACUUUUCAAGCUUAUAGUAUGGUUAGAGCCAUUUUCAUUGCUUCAUUUAUUAAUGUUGAUUGAUAAACGGCAGAUGGUGAACAUUUUGAGAGUGUUUUGGACAUGUUGAAAGUGUUGCUGUUUUCAAUUUCAUUUUAUGGUAUUUGAUUUGGCUGAAC